GGAACCUACUGAUCAAUGUAACGGAGAGAAGACUUGUUUUAAAAUGUGUUCGACAGAACUGUGACGACUGUAGCAACGUAAAUUUAAUGGUAUUUUAAAGAUUUGUCGUGUGUGAUUAAAUGAAGAUGUGUGAAAAAUCGACAGCCUUCAUAUUAAUUGUGUCGGUAUUUUGUGUCCAAGGCUUGUCUACUGAAGACGGAAGUAAGAAAUCACCAUUGGGCAGAUCUUUACAAGGGACAGGCAAAGUAGUGCCACUUGGAAGCGGAUUUGGAGGAAUAAGAAAUUCGCCUACAGAAGAGCGUGGACUGGAAGUUUCCGAGACUGGAAAUUACAUUGAAGGAAAAGCAUCACUAAGAUCGAGUUUGGAUGUGGGGCAAAAAUCAUGGAAAAAAAUUUGGCCGUCACAAGGGAGAAGUCGAUCGGUCUACGUCACAUCUCAAGAAAUAGCUCAUUUGAGAAGACAGGCAGGAGACUCAGGAGAGGUAGGAAGGCUGUUUCCUACAAUCGAUUUUCUGAAGUCGAGGCGAAAAAGAGAAAAUGCAAAUAAAAGUCAGGUUAAAGGUGGCAAAAGUGCUAAGAAAAAAGAUGAUAACAAGGAAGAUGAUCAAGGGGAAGACGAUGAUGAUGAUGAUGAUGAUGAUGAUGAAGAGGAUAAUCUGUCAUCGCAGAAACAAAGACGAAACGGAAUGAUUCCGAAGCAAGGUCCUGGAAGGCGUCAUCCGGGGGGAAAUGCAGGGUGCUUCUGGUGGGUGCGGCCGCGAAGAAGAGGUGGCGGUGGUGGCGGUGGAGGCGGUGGAGGAGGUGGCGGUGGAGACGGUGGAGGUGGAGACGGUGGAGGCGGAGAUGAUGGAGGCGGAGAUGAUGGAGGCGGAGACGAUGGUGGUGAUGAUGGGGGUGGGGAUGGUGAAGGAGAUGAUGAAGGCGGUGAAGAGGAAGAUGGCAGAUUGCGGCGAAAAAAGAAACGAAAUUCGCGAAAAUCGCAGAAACAAGUAAAGAGACGUAAACAAAAGAAGAUGAAAAAAAAUGACAGAUCAUACACCACACCCUCAGUACUUGAUGCAUAGUUACCAUAUUGCUUCAUUGUACUCACCGUUGGUUCCGAAGUAGGCGUUAUUCUUUUGUCUUCAUAGCUUCAUCAUUAGCACGACGUAUGUUCUGCAAAGAAUUAGAACAUGCCACAUUAGUGUCCGUUUCCCUCGUCUACCAUUUAUUGGCGCAAGACUUGUCAGACCUUUCAGUAUAUUCGGUUUGUAGGGAAGCGUAAGUUCUGACAGCCUGUCAUUAUCAUUUCUACUCAAGUAGAUUAAUCAUUUUUUCUGUAACAAUAUUUUCUUUUUCCAAUAAAUAUUUAGAACUUUUGUAUUA